AUGGCUGCAAUCGACCAAGCCAAGUGGCAAGCACUUAUGAAGUGGACAAUGAAACAAACGGACGGUACGACACCAGCACAAGCAACGCCCAUUUCAGAAGAUAAGCGACGAUUCUUAGAAAUGGUCAUGAAUGAAGGUGUCAUUGAUGAAAACGAGCGUGUGAAGGACAUUCUGCGUAUUCUAAAGGGCGAGAACCCACGACUUGUCUUUGGUACGGAGGAAGGUGUUAUUGCAGAUGAAAAUACGGAUCCAUCCGAUGAGGAGCUUGCACACUACAAGGACACGCUACUUGAUGAGCUAUUGACACGGAUUGAUCAGAUUGACAAUGCCCAAAACUUUGUGAAAAUGGGCGGCCUCCGUGUCCUGAUCAAUGUUAUUGAAACGUAUCAGCAGUCAACAUCUCGUGCCUUGGCGGCUGAAAUUUGCUCUGUUGUGGUGCAAAACAAUCCCUUUUGUCAGGAUGCAGCAGUGGACAGUGGAUUGCUUGAGGUGCUCUGCACAUUGGCUCGUGACGACAAGGACGUCACUUGUCGUGUGAAGGCCUUACUAGGCAUCUCAUGUUUGGUGCGUCACCACGCCCCGGCCGAGAAGAGAUUCCUUGGAGACAGCUGCAGAGGUUUGGAUCUCUUGCGUAGGAACUUGGAAGACGCCACAGAUAUCCGACUGCAACGCAAGUCGCUCUUCUUCCUCCGUUAUUUGAUCCGUAACACCCACUCCACGGCAGAUACGGUGCUGAAGGAGAAUUUCUUCAUUCAAUCAGCAGCGGCAUUUAUCACGAACGAAGAUGUGGACCUGUGUGAGAGUUCUGUGGAUGGUCUGGCGGAAUUUUCCAUGAUUGGGCCCAACUUCAUGGCGGCUUGUAGAAAGACAGAGUUUGAUUUGCUAGCCAAAUGCGACCAACGUAUUAACCAAAUCGACGCGCUAGAGGGUGAGGACAAGGAGUUUGCACAGGAGACGAGGGCUCGUGUGGAGCAUUUGAAAAAGGUUUUGACCGGUUAA